AUGUCCGAACAAACCGCCGACGCCGGCGCCGCGAAGACGCCCGCGGACUUCUUGAAGUCCAUCAAGGGGAAGCAGGUCGUCGUGAAGCUCAACAGCGGCGUGGACUACCGCGGCGUCCUCGCGUGCUUGGACGGGUACAUGAACAUCGCGAUGGAGGAGACGGAGGAGUACGUGAACGGUCAGCUGAAGAACAAGUACGGCGACGCGUUCAUCCGCGGGAACAACGUGCUGUACAUCAGCACGGUGAAGGACAAGUGA